GCGCGCGCGCGUGUGUAAUAACGGGCUGAACGCCCACCGGUGCACGCACACACUCCUUCUCCUCAGUCACAACAACUUCAUGUCCACAGAGGAGAUUCGGACACGCGUGGACGUCAGGGUUUGAAAUAUUUUUUUCCCUUCCAUGUCAUCAUGCGCUGGUUGCUGGCUGGAUGCUGUGGGCUCGUUCUGAUCCAUUUCUCAGCGGCCCAGAACCUCACCCUCGUCCAGAGGCCCAGGUUCUAUGGUGUAAAAAUCCACCGCACCGUGCAGAUUUACUGCGGCCCAACCCCUCAGCACAACAUGCCCGCCACCGUUCAGUGGUACAAGGCCGAAGCGUACGACAAGGAACCCGAAAAGAGAGCAGAGGUCAGUGGAGAGAGGAUUGGAUUCCAUAACAGGAGUCAGACUGAAAACGCCUUUCUCUACAUCAAAAAUGUGCAACUGCAGGACAGCGGAGUGUACUUCUGCAAGGUCAACGAUGCAUGGGGGCCUGGAACUCAACUAGUAGCUGUCAGGCCCGUUGACCUGCCCCAGGCGCUGUACAGGACCAAGAUGAAGGACGGUCUCAUUAUCUUCCAGGGCCUGCUGUUGGCCGUGUGUAUCGCUGCUUUACUGCUACGCAAACAAACCCUGUGGGAAAAGAACGACAGCAUAUAUGAGGAGCCGGAAACCGAUCACAUCUACGAGGGCUUGGCGAUCGAGACGUGCGGCGGGGGCCUGUACGAGGAACUCUCCGUCUACGCCCAGGCCGAGGGAGCCGAGGCCCCGUGGGAGUGAGACUGACAUCACUGGACCACUUCUCAACGGUUUCGCAGUGAAUACUGAAUACGCGUUCCCAGUUGUACGUUUUACGUUGAAAAUAAUACGUCGAGUCCUUAAUGGGCCCGCUCAGCCGCGGAGAAGUGCCAUGUUGUGCUCGUACAGCGAGUGGUUUGUUUGUAAAUGUGCAGCAGUAUACAUAUUCUCAAAUGCUUGCUUAUAUGUGCUGUUGAUUCUAUGCUAUUUAGUAACACUGUGUUGAAUUAGUCGGAUGUGGUAUGAAGUCCGCUGAAGUGUAAAUAAAACCAUCCUACAGGUCCAUCUUAACAGCUGGUGUUUCAUCUGACAUUUUUUGGUGCUUCACAAGUUUUCUACAUGAAUUGUGUCUUAUGAUUUCACGGUGACGUCUCUAACUUGACUCUUUAAUGUCGGUCGAACCUACAGCAGGUGUGAGAACAAGCCAAAACAAACUCUUGCCAGAGAAAGCGAUACGGAAAUUCCAAAGCCUGAACAAGGCCCUUACUUGUUCCUGUUGUUUGAUUAGAUUAAAAAUCUGUAUGUCUUUCAUUUUUGGAACGGGAAUAAAAACAAUAAACACA